AUGCGGAGGGAACGCACCCCGAUAUGCACUGCGCCAUGCCCAACCGCACGCUCGACUACUACUGCAAGUCAUACCCAUCAGUCCCUCACCAACGAAACCUAUCAGUCAACCAAGACAAUCUCGGGUUUAGUCGACAAUAUUUCGAGUCAGACGGAGUUUUCCAGGGUCAGGGGCUACAGCUCCAACAGUUUAACCUUCUACAUCGACGCGUGCGAACUGCUAGGCGCAAACCAGAGCAUUCUACGAUCGUGUAUGGAGUACCUGCCACCGGCGGCAGAUAGUUAUUUUCUCGCUACUGGGAAGAAAACCCCUUGCUUCUUCUGCCCAGAGAACUACCCGAAUCGGUCGGAGGCGGAGAACGAAAGAUGGUCGAGAGACUGUAUCAUGUCUCCCUAUAAGCCCGAUGUUAAGGGCACAGUGUCGAUGAACCUGUGCACCACAACGGGGGAAUGUUUCCGACAACCAAAUAGCUGGCUUGCAUGGUACUAUUUCGCGAUGAUCAUACUGUGGAGCAACCUCCUGGGUUUGGUCUGGAUGAUGCAAAUGGUUUGUGCUCCCCCUGGUACAGUGCUGAACUUACAUCGCAAGAUUGCUCUUGUCCUGGCCGUGAACGUGAUGUACGAAUCUGUUGCCUACGCUGCACAGAAGACCGCUGGGAUGUACAUUAACUGGCAGCGAAACAUCCUUCCUACGGCCGCGUUGGCUAUUCAAGUUCCAGCGUACGUGAUCACCAUCGAGACUCUGAUGUACUCGGCCAGAGGUUGGGGCACCACGUUUUGCAGGCUUAGCUUUUGCGAGUCUGGGUGGAUACGAGUGAUCGUAGUUACUUGGGUAGCAAUGUUUAUCGCUCUGGGAGAGUUACAGCUUGGAGGUCUCCCUCUUGCCAUCGUCACGGGGUUGUUGUGGGUCGGGAUUAUUGCCAUGACGUACUUGUGGACGGAUGAUAAUUUCUCCAUUUACCCUGAGUACGCGAUGUAUGCGCGGCAGCUUGGGUUUCCUGAAUCGCCAUUCGUAUCAAAAAGGGAGCUCUUUAGAGAGUUUCGAUGGAUCUUAUGGACGUACGCGGGAUUCAGCCUCGUCGGGUCACUUGUGGAAUGGGGAACAGGCAACUUUGAGUACCUACCGCUUUCCGGGCACCAACUCCUUCCAGCUGCUCAACUUUCUCCUCUUUUCGUGGUUGUCUUACUUGCUCCACUGUCGCCAAGGCUAUUCGUCCCCUGA